CCGUGCCACAACGUACGCCAUCUUCUUUCCCGAGAAACAACAAACGAAGCAACAUCCUUGUCGAACAUCGCCCCGUUGGCCGAAAUGGCACAGUAGAAGCGCGCCGCGUCCCAGCAGCCAACAACAGUGCAUCCAACAAGUGCACUGCUCCACUUCCUAACCAGAAACAUGUCGUCCUACGUGGAAACCCUCACUGCUGCUGCAUUCCACAGCAAAAAAGAGUUUGAAACUAUCCUGUCCUCGUCGCACAUUCCUUUUGUGACCAACAACAGCCACUAUGACCAUGAUGACGACAAACUCACAGUUUGGCCUGGAAGACAUGGAGGCCCUUCUCUGGGGACCUUCCUCUCCCAUGGCUGACGCCAUGAGCUUCUUAACUUCAUGCCCUGACCAAGAAGAUCAACAGAACGGAGGAGGGACCUCGUUGGAGGGCGACACCUCCUCUUUGUCGCCCCUCACCACCUCAUCUUUGUCCUCUUCCUCGUCUCCUCCUCCCUUCUACUCUCCACCUCCCUCGCCGCCGGCCGUCCUCUUCCAGGGGGACAAAGCUGGGUUGCAGUCUGACCUGCUUUCCCUCCCCUGGUUAGGCCACCCUAGUCAGCUGAGACCGACCGUCUCAGAUGACACCAAAGACAAUGUGUUCGGGGACCUGGACUGGAUGGCUGAGCGGGUGGAUCUCUCAGAGUUUGACCUGGACUCGCUGAUUGGCUCGUGCAGUCCUACUGAAGAGUCCCCCUCCUGUCCAGAAGAACUCUUAGCCUCCCUGGAUUGCCCCAUGGAGCUUGACUCCUCCUCAAUACCCACUCUCUCAACUCCUGCACUCUCGAGUCCUCCCUCUGCUCCUCUUCAAAGUAUUCCUCCCCCAACUCCUUCCACGAUCUCAGAUCCUUGUGUCAUUACAGUGGAUGUGCCUGAAUCCUGCAUUGAGGAGCAGGAGGGUCCCUGGCUUCCCCUGUGUGCCCCGGAGCCACAACAGGAGCUGGAAAUCAAAUCUGAGCCCGCUUCUCCGCACCCCUCUUCCCCCUUAGUGGAUUCUCCCUCCUCCCCGGCCUACACCCUGGACCUGGGCAGUGAGGUGGACGUCACAGAGAGUGAGGUGAAGUCAGUGGUUGCUUCUGUCGUCUCCCAGGCUCCGAGGCUCGUGCUCUCACCCACCCGCAUUGUCCUCGUGCUCGCUCCCAGAGAUGAAAUCGGGCUCACCACUGUCACCACCACGUCACAAAUAGUUCAUUCCUCUCCUGCUCCAAAGUCCUGCAGAAGCAGACCUUACCCUGAGCCCACUUACAAAGCCAGUCCACCAUCUGCCUGCGCCACCGCUGGCAAAAUCAAGCCCCCCCGGGAUGAAGACGGAAAUGAAAGAGCAACUUUGAAGACUCCGAAAGCCAAGAAGCUGAAGAAGAUGGCGCAGAAUAAGACGGCCGCCACGCGAUACCGACAGAAGAAGAAAGUCGAGCAGGACACCCUUCUGGACGAGUAUUCUCUGCUGGAGCGGAAGAACAUCGAGCUGACGGAGAAGGCGGACUCCUUGGGCCGGGAGAUCAAGUACCUGAAGGAGCUGAUGGAGGAGGUCUACCAGGCCAGGACCAACAAAGGUCUCUAGAGGUCGGACCUAAAAACAUGUGCUGUGCAUAAUCAGUCAAAAUAGGCUCAGCAGAUUUUAUUUCUUAAAUUCAAGAAUGUAUCAGUAAAGUAUGUGUUCUGUCCACAGAGCAAAGCUGUGAUUUCAGAAUACCUUUUGCAAUACUGGUAUUAAAUAUAGAAAACUUUUACCAUGUUUAGAGUGUUUAUAUGGAAACAAGUAUUUUCAAUUCAGUAUAUAAACUUGUUUAUUUUUAUUUUUUUCCAUCUGUGUAACCUGCCGGUAAGAUGUGUUUUAAUAACUGUAUUGUAGAGAAACUGGACCAUCUGUAUUAUAAAUCUCUUAAUAAAGAGUCUUAAAUGUCA